GUCGUCGUCCGCACAUCAGAAUGUUCGCGCACGUUGUCCUGUCGGUUGCGGAUGCUGAACACUGUCGUCAAAGAGAAUCGAGAAAUCGCACCGCAGUGCUCUGCCACUGCUUGUGAAGAGGCUUCCCAGAUUUUAGAUGGUCCAGCAGAAGAAGGUGCUUCCCAGACUUUAGAUGGUCCAGCAGAAGAAGGUAUUGUGAGAUCACCAGAGACGAAUUUAAGAAAGAACCCAAUCUUUGCGGAAGACAAAGAACCGCUGAUACCUACAACGCUGCUGUCGCCUCUCUGUCUGAGGAGAGCAGAGAAGUCAGAGGAAUAAAACUGAGAGAUGACCGAACCAUUUCUACGUUUCGCCAUCACGGAGGUCUUGCCUGACCUUUCGGAAGUAUCAAAGGACAUUUUGGUAGAAACUCUUCAAUCCCUGGGGAUAGAGACCCAUGAUGACUUUCAGUUUGUUAAGGAAGAGGAUUUGUUGUCAGCCUUGAGGCCCAUACAAGCCCGGAAGCUGGUUGCUGCAUGGAGUCUGAAAUGCCAGGGCCAGGAAAGAAGCCUUGCUACCUCAACAGGACCUUCCACGUCCCUGCCAUCUCUGUCGCCAAUUUCAAUGUCGUCGUCGUCCAGCGGCUGUGAGAGCCCAGGUUGCUCAUUUCCAGACUCAUUCCAGAUUCCAUGGGGAGAGUUCCCUGAGGCUUUGACGCAGGCUUUGGAGAGAGGUAGACGUCCAGGUCCAAGUUUGAGGAAGGAGAUGGUUAGAAUUGUGGUCCGUGAAAUGAUGAAAGUAUCAUCGUCCAUAAGUAAAAUGAACGCUACUGAUGUGGCCAAAAAAAUGGUCGCAAAAUAUCCAAAAUCACUUCAAGAUGUCAUAGAGGGUGACAUAAUAGGCACGGGGUACCAGUCCCUAGUUAAACAAAUUCAAAACAGAGUUGAAAAUGUGAAACGGCCUUCAACACCAAAAAUAACACGCAGAAAGAAUUGGCACGAUUCUGACACUGACGAAAUACCCCCUGAAAAACGGGCAAAAAUUCAAGACACUUAUGGGUGCAUCCAUUGGCAUGUGAAGUUUCUGCCCCUUGGAGAAACAGCCGAAAGCCAGCAGCAGAAAAAAGAAAAGCUUAAAAGUCUGUUUAGACAAAGUGAACAAAGUCCAGUUCCCUUGAAAUUGCUGAUGAAGUCGACGUUCUAUACCCAACGCCAAGAGGUCAACAACGGGAAAGAUGUAAAGUACCUCCUUGAAAACUGGCCUUAUUGGUUUGAUGAGAUUGGCAUGACGGUACACUUCAAUGAGCUCACAGGAGUAGAUCUGAAGGAGACUUUCCUGAAGAAUGUGGAACAGAAGGGGGAAAGGCUCUUGCACUUCAUGAAAACUGUUGCUGCGAACAAAACCAAAAGAUUCUAUCAAGCUGCGACAAAGCUACAACUGCUGAGGGGGGAACACACAGGUUCCUCUGAAGAUGUCACGGAGAUGGUGCUGCUUCUGCUGGCUUAUUUUGAUGAGAAAGAAGAUGUGAUGUUCCAUUAUGUGGAGGACACUUGUCUGGCUGGGGAAGUGGACAUGGACAGAGUUCCCUUGACUCCCACAAUUGUUGUGUGUGGACAGUCCUGCUAUCACUCCAGAAGAAUGAUGCUAAGUGUAGACCAAGUCAUCGUAAACAAGAACAUCUCUUCCUUCAUCACGUCCUUGUGCAUGAUGUUUGCCAGCUACUAUUGCUUUAACAUCCAUUAUCCAUCUACGCUUGCAUCAACCCUGGAAUUUCUACAGAUAUGUUUCUUUUCUAUUAAUCCUGAGAGGGGGACGAAAGUGGAACAAACAAAAGCAAAAAGGUUGCAUGUUAAUCCAAGAGUCCUUACCUUAAUUCAAGAUCUCUCUGACCAUGAAUGGCGAGCCAUUUAAAAAGGUGUUUCUUCAAUUGAGUGGCGGCGAAGUUGAACGCCCAUAUCUGUUUUCCUAGAUGUUUCUUUUCUGUUAAUCCGGAGAGGGGGACGAAAGUGGAAUAAUCAAAAGCAACAUGUUUGCAUGUUUAUCCAAGAGUCCUUGUCUUGUUCAGGAUCUCUCCAACAAUGAAUGGUGAGCCAUUUAAAAAGGUGUUUCUUCAAUUGAGUAGCGGCGAAGUUGAACGCCCAUAUCUGUUUUCCUAGAUGUUUCUUUUCUGUUAAUCCGGAGAGGGGGAUGAAAGUGGAACGAACAAAAGAAACACAGUUGCAUGUUUACCUUGUUCAGGACCUCUCCGACCAUGAAUGGUGAGCUGUUUUAAAAGGUGUUUCUUCAAUUGAGUGACUGCGAACCCCCAUAUCUUUUUUGUUCUCUC